AUGGAAGAUCUCCUUUAUGUGAAGGAGCUUCAUGUUCCAGUCUUCGAGGAGAAGAAACCUCAGGAUAAAACUGAAGAUCAGUGGAAGUUGCUACAUCGCCAAGUGUGUGGUUUGAUAAGGCAAUGGGUAGAUGAUAAUGUGAGGAAUCAUAUUGAAAAUGAGACUGAUGCUCGUUCUUUGUGGAAGAAGCUGGAGCUGUUGUUUGCUCGGAAGACUGAGAAUAAUAAGAUGUACAUGAUCAAGAAAUUGAUUGAGCUGAGGUACCACGAGGGAACUCCGAUGGCGGAUCACUUGAAUGCAUUUCAGGGAUUGCUCAAUAAAUUAUCUGACAUGGAAAUUAAGUUUGAGGAUGAGAUUCACAGUUUGUGGCUUCUUGGUACAUUACCAGAUUCUUGGGAGGUGUUCACAAUAUCUCUUUGUAACUCCGCGUCGAAUGGUGUGAUUUUGAUGGACUUAGUGAAGAACAGUGUCUUGAAUGAGGAAGUAAGGAGGAAGUCUAGUCCUAGUUUCUCGCGUUAA